AUGAAUUAUGAUGCUAAAAGUAACAAGUUGUCAGUUGUCACUAUGCAUACAUACUCCAUACAUCCCACACCAAAGGUACCAUCAUUUAAUGGUUCCAGUUACCUGAGACAUCCCGCUUUGGGUGACUCAGCUCUUUCGUGGUUGGAUUUGGACAUUGUUUUUAAAACUCAAUCAAUUGACGGACUGAUACUGUAUGAAGGGUACCAAAAGUAUGGUUCAGCUGAUUUUAUAAGUGUUUAUAUGAUUGAUGGUCACGUAGAGUUUACAUUCGAUCUAGGCACGGGAACAGCAUCAUUAAGGAGUCCGUGGACAGUUUCUUUAGGAGAAUGGCAUAGACUAUGGAUAUCACGAACAGGAAAAUUAGCAGUCAUGCGUGUGGACAAUCAACCAGAAGUUCAAGUAUUGUCACCGGAAGCAUUUACACAACUAUCAUUACCGUUAAGUAUGUAUAUUGGAGGUGUACCCGACUUCGACACAGUACCAGCGCAAAUCAAGGUUCGGACGUCGUUCAAAGGCUGCAUACAAAAAGUGACCAUCAACGAAAAACCGUUGCAAAUCGUCCGCGGGGCCCUGUCUGGGGCGAACGUAGCCAACUGCCCACACCCGUGCGUGGCCAAACCGUGCGGCGACGACGUGCAGUGCGUGCCGAUAUUCGACAAGUACAAGUGCGUAUGCGACAGACGGUGCAACUCAUCCGACGGCGAUCAGGUGUCCUUUGACGGCACGUCUUUCGUUCAUUACACCGGCCACGAGGUGCAACAGAGGAUCACUGACGGACACUUGGAUAUUAAUAUGCGCUUCCGGACCACUGCACUUACCGGACUCAUAUUGUGGACCGGGCGGUCAGACAGGUCGGCUGACUUUUUAGCUUUGGGAUUACAAGACGGUCGUAUUGAAGUUACUUACGAUUUAGGGAGUGGUGAAACGGUACUUAGAUAUAAUACCACUGGAUUACCUAUAAAUGAUGGACACUGGCACAGAAUGAAGUUUACUAGAGAUGAGAGAUUGAGUGCUUUAACUAUAGAUAAUGGUACGAAAAUGAUAACGAUUUCCACAGGGCGACUAAAACAACUCAACACGAAUACAGGAUUGUAUUUAGGAGGCACUGAAGACGUGGAGAAGUCUACGGGAAAGAGAUAUAGAAAAGGAUUCGUCGGUUGCAUUUCGGACUUUAUCCUGAACACGGACUACCAAGUGAAACUGUCUUGGUCCACCGGCACAGAACGUGUUUGCAUAUCAUAGAGCGUCGUACGCAAUUAUAUUUUCUUCUUCCGGCACCUGUGCGCUCGCGUACCCACUGAGCUUACGUACAUAAACGUGUAAAAAUUACGACGAAACAUAAAUAAACAAAAAAAAAAAAACUUUAAUACCUACCUCCUAUUGCGGUUUUUGACUGCACAGGAGUAAAAAUAUUAACUAUGUAAUGUGUUUUCCUAACGUUUGAUAUCUAGUCUUGUAUUGUAGUUAAAGGAAAUUCUGUUUUAGAUUAUCAUCAUUAUUAUUAUUAUUAUUAUUAUUAUUAUUACUAUUAUUAUUAUUAUUAUUGUUGUUGUAAUAAGAGUUAAAUCGAGGAACGGCUGUAAUUGGACUAGCUUCAAAAGUUCGAAAGUUCGGUUUUGAAACAUAUACAAUAACACUACUAUAAUAAUCUUAGUAACGUAUAAUUAUUACUAUUAUUAUGUAUAAUAUAAUAUGCAUUAUGUAGGUAUAUCGACGUUUUUCGAAGAAAAGACCGCUAUAUAUUUUACUUCUGUGAAGGCUAAACUUACUUACCACCCGCACGCGAAUCGUUUCAAACCGUUUGAGUCGAAUAAUUAACUGCAAUCUGCGUAAUAAUAUUAUCAUUAUCAUUAUUAUUAUGUUUUGAAACGAA